AUGCCCGGUGGUGCUAUUGUCUCCAUGGGGGGCGUCGAUGCUGCGCGCAUGGAGGCCCCCGUCACCUUCAAGACUUACUUGAUGUGUGCUUUUGCUGCCUUUGGUGGUAUCUUCUUCGGUUAUGAUUCCGGUUACAUUGGUGGUGUCCUUGGUAUGGACUACUUCAUUGAGACCUUCGAAGGCUUGGAGAAAGGCUCAGUCGCCGCUGCAGACUUCGUCAUUCCUUCUUGGAAGAAGUCGCUGAUCGUCUCUAUUCUUUCUGCUGGUACAUUCUUCGGUGCUAUCUUGGCUGGUGACUUGGCCGAUUGGUUCGGUCGUCGCACAACCAUCAUCGCUGGCUGUGUCGUUUUCCUCAUUGGUGUUGCUCUCCAGACUGCCUCUUCCGCUGUUGGCCUUCUUGUAGCGGGUCGUCUCAUUGCUGGAUUUGGUGUUGGUUUCGUGUCAGCCGUCAUCAUUCUUUACAUGUCUGAGAUUGCUCCUCGCAAAGUUCGUGGUGCAAUCGUCUCCGGAUACCAGUUCUGCAUCACCAUCGGUCUGAUGCUGGCUACUUGUGUCGACUAUGCCACUGAGCACCGCGCCGACUCGGGCUCUUACCGUAUCCCCGUUGCCCUUCAGAUGCUCUGGGCUCUGAUCCUCGGAACUGGUCUUAUCUUCCUGCCUGAGUCUCCUCGUUACUUCGUUCGCAAGGGUCAAAAGGAGCAGGCUCGCCAGGCUCUUGCUCGUGUUCGUGGACAGCCCGCUGAUUCUGAGUACAUCAGCUUGGAGUUGAACGAGAUCGAGGCCAACCACCUCUACGAGCUCCAGUCUACUCCCCAGGAGGGCUACUUCGGCAGCUGGUUCAACUGCUUCCGUGGCAGCAUCUGGGAGCCUAACAGCAACCUCCGCCGUACUAUCCUUGGUACCUCCCUCCAGAUGAUGCAACAGUGGACCGGUGUCAACUUCGUCUUCUACUUCGGAACCACUUUCUUCACUCAGCUCCACACUAUCCAGAACCCCUUCCUGCUCAGCAUCAUCACCACCAUUGUCAAUGUCCUCUCCACCCCUAUCUCCUUCUACGCCAUUGAGAAGGUCGGUCGUCGUCCCCUCCUCCUAUGGGGUGCCCUCGGUAUGGUCAUCUGCCAGUUCAUCGUCGCCAUCAUCGGUGUCGUCGACUACGAUGAUAACAAGGCCGUCGCCGCCAUGAUUGCUUUCAUCUGUAUCUACAUCUUCUUCUUCGCUAGCACCUGGGGUCCCGGUGCCUGGGUCGUUAUCGGCGAGAUUUUCCCUCUCCCCAUCCGUUCCCGCGGUGUUGCCCUCUCCACCGCCUCUAACUGGCUUUGGAACUGCAUCAUCGCUGUCAUCACUCCUUACAUGGUCGACACUGAUGAGGGUAACCUUGGUCCUAAGGUCUUCUUCAUCUGGGGAGCACUGUGCACCUGCGCCUUCAUCUACACUUACUUCCUCAUCCCUGAGACCAAGGGUCUCACUCUUGAGCAGGUUGAUAAGAUGAUGGAGGAGACUACUCCCCGUACUUCUGCUGGAUGGAAGCCUCACUCUACCUUCGCUGGUGAGAUGGGUCUUUCUGUUGAAAAGGCUGUCCUUGCCCCUGCUAUUAGCCACCAGGAGGUUUAA